UCCGGCGUCGAGCUAUGUGACCGUGAGGCUGCGGCUGUAUCCCGGACCCCCCGCGUCCUGGAUCUUCCCGUCCCGCAUCCCCUCAGGAUGGAUCAGAGGAACUUUGAACGGGAGCCUACGCUGUACGGGGAAUUUACACUCACUAGUAAUCGAAAAGUCCGGUAUUCCGUGAACUUGACCGAGAGGGACCUCAUCGUCCAGAGGCUCACGUCUGCACCUGUUGGGAGGAACAAGGUGGUGCUCAGUAUGAAGGACUGCCUCGGCUGCCGGGCGUACCGGGAAGAUGACAACGCGGACCCGGCGGCGUACUUGGCGGUUUACUUCUACCCGCUCAAACGGCGCUGGACGAGUUCCGGGGUCUUACGGCAGAGAGUGGAGCAGUGCUUUCGUCUCGCCUCGCUCCAAGACCCGUGCGCCAACCUGGACGAGGCAGAGAAGUGGGCUCGCGCUGUCCGAGAGCGCUCUGCCCGGCAACAGCAGUUCAGAGACGGGGAGUUGAUGAGCCACUUGCCGCGUCCGUGCCGGAUGAUGCUGCUGGUGAAUCCACAGAGCGGGAAGGGACAGGCACUUACUCUGUACAACAACCACAUCCAACGCAUGCUCAACGAGGCCGGAGUCAUACACACUCUGGUGAUCACGGAGCGUCAGAACCAUGCCCGAGACAUGAUGAAAGAGGUUGACCUAUCGCAGUGGGAUGCGCUAGUCAUCAUGUCUGGAGAUGGACUCCUGUAUGAGGUGAUAAAUGGUCUGCUGGAGAGGUCAGACUGGGAGGAGGCAAUCCGGACACCGCUUGGCAUCCUUCCUGGCGGAUCGGGCAAUGCCUUGGCUGCUUCAGUACAUCACUAUUCUGGGGCCUCUCCGUUGUCCAGCGAGGAGCUCCUGGUCAGCUGUGGUUUCCUGCUCUGUAAAGGUCUGGUGUCCCGUAUGGAUCUGGUGUCCAUCCAUCUGUCCUCCAGUCCUCGCCUCUUCUCCUUCCUCUCUCUGGCCUGGGGCUUUGUAGCAGACGUUGACAUAGAGAGUGAGAAGUACCGUCACGUCGGAGCCGCCAGGUUCACCGUCGGCACGUUGGUGAGGCUGGCUUCUCUCCGUGUCUACAAGGGCAGGCUGGCUUACCUGCCCGCCAGCAAGGAAUGCAAUAAUGAGGAAGGUUUGCAGAAUAACAUGAGAGUUCACUGCAACAAUCAGGCUUCCUCCCAGACUCCAGCCUCUCUCUUGUGCCGGCCGUCCGGAGACGGCCACAACACCUUCCACAACUCCUGCCAUUCCAACAACUCUCUCAAAGUGAGGAGGGCGGAGAGCACAGCUUCCAGAAGCGCCACCAAAGGCCUCCCUGGCCCUCCUGAUUCUCUACUGCCGCCUCUGGACCAGCCGCUGCCUAGCAACUGGGUGGUGGUGCAGGAGGAAGACUUUGUCCUCAUGCUGGCCAUGUACCAGUCCCACCUGGCAGAGGACCUCCUGGCAGCACCGGACGCCACCUUGGACGACGGGGUCAUUCAUCUUUUUUACGUUAAAGCAGGAAUAUCACGCACCGCGCUGCUGAGGUUGUUCCUGGCUAUGGAGAAGGGUGCACAUCUGGCCACUAACUGCCAACAUCUGGUGCACACUAAGGUGCGGGCACUUAGGCUGGAGCCAUAUUCCCCCAAAGGGAUAAUAACAGUGGAUGGAGAAGUGGUGGAAUAUGGUCCAGUACAAGCUGAAGUACACAGAGGCCUGUCGAGAUUAAUCACUGGAUGAACUGAACAAACAUCAUCGCCAGCUUUCAUCUGUGCUGUUUGUGUCUGAUGGGGUUUACGAACACAUUUUUAGCAUUUCAGGUCAGAAAUGCCCAGGUACUGGAGCAAAAACAGAUGUGGAUGUAAGGUGUGUUUAACUCAUCUUGUCAGCAGCACAGAAAAAACAUGCUUCAUCUGUUAAUGCUGUGAACUUGGAUGAAAUGUUACAAAAGAGCCAGUACGGAGAGUGUUCAGUAUUAGAUAAAUUAAUAUAUAAGAAUUUAACAGCUUAUUAUUAUGAAACCUUAUUACUUCCAAAAUCUUUUUACAAUGGAAGAAUUUAUUGUAGACAUGUUUUGUUUGUAAGACAAACAGGUCAGAGCCAGUUAUGUGAUUUGUCUCAGUUUACAGUGAACAUGCCACAGUGCUGAAAUAAGAUAUGUUUAAUUGUUUUGGCUUAAAAAUAUAUAUAUUAGCUCUCGGGCUUUCAGGGGAUUUAAAUACUCUGAUAUGGAUCCAAAUCGAGGACAAAUGUUUUAUUAAUCUGAAAAAAAAAAAAAAAAUCCUUGCUAAAUGGAAGUUUAUCACUUCUGUCAGUAUAUUCAUAUGUGGAAAUAUUUCAAAACUUUUAGUCUGGAUUUUGCUCCAUAAAAUGGUCAUUAACGUUUAGAUAAAUGACACUGCUGAUAAAAAACUAAAUAGGGUGGAAAAGUAGAGAUGACCUGUGAGCAUCAUUUCAUAAUGCUGAGCUGUGUGUUAAAAAUGUUUCAUCACUAAUUUAAUUCUAGUUGUAAUUAUUGAAUAUAUCUGUUUAUCUAAUACUGAACAGUCCUUAGUCAUGACUCAGUGUCCUGUUGAUAUGUCAGAAUUACUUGAGACAGAACAUAAACAUGUGUUUCUUCAACUCAUGUUAAUCUAUCAACACCUUUGUCAUUCUGUGUAUGAUUUUGUUCAUUGCUACAUGGAAAGCAAUGUUUCUCUCUGCUGGAGCGGACAUAUCACCCAGAGUUACAGCAUCUUAUGCAGUGGCAAAGGAUUCAGUUUUUUUUUUUUUUGCCUUUGAGACUUCUCUACAGUAGCGACUGCAUGACACGUGGUAAUUGUUGGGCAUUGUGGCGCUGACAUUUGCGACUGUUUAUUAAGCUUACAGCCAAAAUCUCUGCUUACAUUCAUUAUGGAUGCGCUUUUGAAUGAUGUGCACACCUACACCACACGUGGCGCAUUACUGAGUGACACGAUGGCAGGAAAACUGUCUGAACACUGAGUAGUGCAUUAAAUACAGUGUAACCAUAUUUAAUUUAAUAUUUAUUUGCACACAUCAAACCUGCUUACAGUGGUUCUAUAGCUUGUUAAAGUGCGCCUGGUUUUCAGUCAGAGGCUGUGUUUGCUGUAUCGUGGUAUAUGUCCCAGACUGUUUCACAUCUGUUGCCUUAAAGUCUUGUUAUAGCUCCAUCCUGUUUCACAAAAGCAGUUUGUGAGCACUGAAUGGUGAUUGCGUCCUGUUUCUCAAAUGAUUGUCGCUCACGAAAAAGAAAAAAUGCAAUAUCUACACUAAUUCCAUGUCUCACACACAGGUCACACAUGGUGUUUCUCUUGCUGAGUUAAAAACACCAAGUCAUAUAUUCUAUGUUGCAAAUAUUGGGACAUGGACUGCUGGUUUCUGUCGCUGAUUCAUGUUGAAUUCAUCUGAUUCACAAACAGUAUCUAGCCCAUCAUUUUAGUUUUAUAACCUACUUUUUACCUAAUUUUACUCCGAUAUAGCAGCAGACCUAAUGUGGAUAUGGUCAGUAGAGAGACAGGAACUAAAAUAAAUGAAAAUCCAACACAAAAUCAUAUGUUUUUUAAAAUCCAGAUUUAAAGAGCAAAUAUAUGCAGUCAGAAUGUUUGUAACAAGUUAAUAUUUUACAAGAGAAACUCUUAUAAAAACAUAUAAACUCAGUUAAAAAGAACUCCUGCGAUCAGGCUUUCCAGGACCAGUGAGUAGGAUAUAGUGACACCUAGCUGUGACGUUGCAGAUAACUAUGUUGUGGUGGUGUUCAAACUAAAUUAAGUGCAGUCUCCUUCUAAGAAGAAACAUACACUGACAUGACUCAGCAAAAGUAAAAAAAAAAAAAAAGUCAAUUCCUCAUCAGUGGUUUUAUUUUGCUACUUCAUGCUUACACUUGUUUGCUGAUAUGUUUUGAAGUUCCCUUUUCUGUUGUGCUAAAUAAUAUGUUCCUUAAUAUUGUCUCACAACGCAAAAUGGUAAGCCAGCCCUCUCUACAGUUUAUCUUUGGGUCGUUCUGGCUGCUGCAAAAUCAGGGCAGCAUAACAUGGCUGUGGAGGACCUUCCUCUUUCUGAACAGAACUGUUCUUAGUUGAAGGUGAAAACACGACUAUAAAUACUAUAUGACAUUGCUAGUUUAAGCAACACAAUAAAUCCUACACACUGGCUCUUUAACAUGUCACUAGCAAUAAUGUAAGACAUUGCUGAGGCAGGUGCAGAUAGAGAUAGAGAUAGGGAAAGGUGGUCUAAAUGAAGUGAACCUAAAUUUUGUUUUAAGUAGUGGUGGAUUUUGUCGCUAAAACAGCUGCUGUGGCUCCUUCACUGUCCUGCAGCUCUGCUCCUGGCCAUUGAUUGAUAGUUUUUUUUUUUUUUUUUGCCUCAAUAUGCUUCAUGCUGCUGCAUCCUCCCUUCCUCCCUCCCUCCUUCCCUCCUUCCCUCCUGCCUUCCCAACAUACCACCCUUCCUCUGCUGCUUUCAUCCAUCCAUCCACCCUUUCCUUUCAGUACUACACUGUUCUCCAGAGCAGCCCCUGGACCCAGCUGCUUCUCAGAUGCACAAAAAAAACACACGGACCAGGCUUAUUACAGAUCAUCACCGAGGUGUCCUUAACACUGAGCUUUAAAUCACAGAAUGGAAAUGAAGACAAUGGAAAUAAUCCUCUUUUUUAUAAUGUCUGUGACGUUUAGACAAAGAGGUUCAUAUCUUUUCUUUGCUUUAGUCCAAGUGACAGUGAAACACUAAGGAGCCUUAAACAAGGGGUUUUGUGUAGGGGUGGGGGGUUGAAGCUGGAUGAACUGGAGAGUGCAGUGGGGAGUGGACAGAAGGAGGAGGAGGAGGGGGAGAUAUCGACAUGUUAAAUGCUGCAUGAGGAAGGCGUCGUUGUGUUCCUGACAGGGCGCCCUCAUUCUCUCUCCUCACCAGCAGAAAUCACUGGGGAACAUUAGCAAACUGUCCCGACGCUGUGAAAAAGAGAGAAUGACGUGUUUGACUUCAAGAUGGACACAGUGUAAAAAUACAGACAGGUGAGGAAAGGCUGACAGGGACAUGAAUUUAAAUACAAUUAGCACGAUGAAAUGCAAUGUUUCAUGUUCAUGUUUUGUUCAACAUGCCAUGACUGUCUGACGCUGCAACAUCAAAAGACCAACAUGUAAUUCCUCUAAAAAGAUUUUCUUUAUAUGUGUUUUGCACAAUGUAUGUGUGUGCUUUGAAGUCCUCAUACAGAAAGUUUCUGCUGUUUACCUGAUUCACAGAUACAGUCCUAAUUUAUUUUCUCAUAGACGACUCUACAGCAACAAUUUAUCUAAGUAGUGAAAAGCAUGUGAAAUGGAAACAGUACUUGAAAUCCUGUUUGUUCUAGUUUUUUGUCCAUCUGUUGCUUCAGGUGACAUUUGUGGUCUUCCCGCCUUUUUAAAACAAAGCUUGUGUGUCGCCAGUUGGUCCAAACAAAGACAAAGGCUUGUUGAUUUUGCGUUUAAAUGUGAACCCAUAAGUUGUAAAAUGAUUCAUGAGGAAAAUACAACAAAAGCAUGAUCCUCCUCUGCUCUCAGUUGUUUUUAUACGAUUCCUCGGUGGAGAAAACACACAGACUUUGCAUAAAUAGAUCUACAACCACCAAAAUACAUUUAUUUUCUACAGACAUGUUUUUUUUUCUAUGCAAGGUUUUGUGAUGCAGUUGUCCUCUGACUUGUUUGAUGUGCCUUGAUUGUGCUGCCUCCUGGUGGUUUGAAUACAGUGGUGCAGUCACACGUUUAUCAUUGAUACUGGGUCAAAUAAAAAAAAGAAAUCACUCAUUUGUUUUCUAUAACAUUAGUACAGGCAACUGAUGUAUUAGACGAUUCAGAUAAAGAAAAAACAUGCUUUCAACAAUGAAGCGUAGUUCUGGCACUGUAAUAUUUUUGUGACAAAAAACUUGUAGAAAGUGUUAAUUAUUCAUCAUAUUUACUAGUGCUGUAUUUUAGAAGGGGAUUACAAAAUGGAAAAGUGCAGUUUCUUUUCUGUAAGUCAUCUGACUGUUGAUGAUAUCUUUAUCUGCUGCUUCUGAACUGCUGUCCUCUUGUGUCUUUUAGUGUUUACGGUGAAGGGAAAAUGUUUGUUUUGUUAUCUUUUCUGGCACACUGAAGAUUUGAAUGUUUGACUGUUUAUUCAAAGAAAAGACCUAUUUUUAAAUUUAGACAAAUGUCUGUAAGUUUUCUAUCAUCAAAUCAAACAUUCUGCAGGAGUGAUUGAAAGAAAUAAAGUAUGAGAAACA